GUUUGAUGUGGAUGGAGUACUUUAAAAACGGAGUAAAACAGUCUUCAACGCAGCCGUCAUGGCGUCAUCUCCUUUGAUGCCAUGCGGAGACUAGCGGAUGACACAUACGAUGGUAACCGGCCGUUUCGACACCAAUAGGCGGCGCGUGCGAAGGAAUGGACGAGAUAGGGAUACGGCCUACUAGAGCCUUAGGCUCUUCGGCAGAAGAAAACCUACAUGGUCCCAUCUCGAGUCCAACGGCUCUGGAAGGCUGCUCCUUCCCCAAUCCACAUACAUGCGGGUAAUUGUUAAGUGUGAGGUGCAUCUCUGUUAUCAUGGAAUCAAGCUUUUGAAGUGUCAAAUCUGAACUCAUAAAAUUGAGGGCCGAGUUGCAGAGCUUCUGUUAAAAUGAAGGUUUGAUUUAUUUGUAUGAGCAUUUCCUGUGACAGAAAUAAACAUUAAACUAAAAGGGAAAGGAAAUGGCGGAGAGCUCGAGACUGGUCAACCUUUUUCCAAAUUUAGUUACGCUUAGAGUAAAAAUACCAACGUUUCCGAAUUCCGAGGCUAGAGCUCCUCGUCACCAUUUCUACUUUACAUCCGUUACUAAUUAAGGAUAAUAUUAUAUUAUUUUCUAAUUAGCCGUGGAAGAAGAAACGUAUCAACAUUGCAGCAGGUGACGAAUCUACCUAUAAAAGUAGCUAUAGUGGUGGUCGUGUGGAGUAGGAACUCUUGAGAAUCUUAACGGUAGAAAAUGGACGGAGUGUUUAGUGGUGCUUCAAUGGGGACUCCUGCGAGUUUGGUUUUGAGAUUGGUUCUGACCGUUUGCUCCAUUGCCUCUCUGCUUAUCAUCUUCUUUGCUCCUGACCCCUAUGACUCCAAUGAGUAUAACUCCUAUUCCUUCAGGCUUUUGGCCUGUGUAAUGGGAUUGCUGAUACCAUGGAGUUUGGCAAUGGCAGUUGCGGAUGGCUACUUCAUCUUCAUUCUCCGAAAUCGAACCAGGAAACCUGGAUUAACUCGUGCUGUUAUCGCAACAGAUUGGAUGUUUGCGUUCUUUUCUUUCGCCACAUCCUCGGCCACUGCUAGUACAGCAGAUUUCCUGUUCCCCACCUGUGGGAUUACAGCAUGCCACCAUUAUCAGAUAGCGGCUGCAACAGGCUUCUUAUGCUAUGUUCUCCUGUAUGGUUGCUCUCUUUUCAAUCUAUGGAUCCUUCCGUGGCUAUAAUGAUGAUCGUACUUUUUACUACAUGACAGACUUUAGACUCAAAUUAUAUACCUAUUUAUAACUAAUUUUCCGUUUUAAUUGUAAUCAUUUAAAGUAUUACUGGUUUAGUAUAUUUGUAGCAGUUGUUAGAUAGUGUUAUCUUUUUGGAAUGAUUUUCCCCUUUUUGUGUGCCUGGUUUAAUAUGUAAACUUGAUUAAGCGCAUCCCAAUUUGG